CAGAACUGGUAUAAAUCAGUACCCUCACCGCCGCUCUCACUUUCUUUUUCAGCUAGGGUUUCCUCUGCAGCUGCUUCAAUGGGUAAGGGAACAGGGAGCUUCGGUAAGAGAAGGAACAAGACCCACACGCUCUGCGUGAGGUGUGGGCGUCGGAGCUUCCACCUGCAGAAGAGCCGAUGCGCCGCCUGCGGCUUCCCCUCAGCUCGCAAGAGGAAGUAUAACUGGAGUGUGAAGGCAAUCAGAAGGAAGACCACCGGAACCGGAAGGAUGAGGUAUCUUCGCCAUGUCCCUCGCAGGUUCAAGACUGGCUUCAGAGAAGGCACUCAAGCUGCCCCCAAGAAGGCUGCUGCAGCUGCUUCGGCUUAAGGAGUUGUGGGGCCAAUUUUGGGCAGUCAUGGUACCCCGAAUAGCUUUAGUUGCUUGGACAAUUGCGAUGAGAACAUUGUUUGACAUAUGUAAUCGCUUUUAUUCUUGUGGCACUGCUUUCAGUUUUAUGAUAAUCCACUCGUCUUAUGAAUUAUCUCCAUCAUUCUGAGUUUAAAUAUUUGGAGCUUGCUCUUUGUUGAAGGUAAA